CCUUCUAUUAGCAAAACAUCGGCCUAGGCUAAACAUCAUAAAAAGAAAGUACAUAGUACAUAGCUAGCUAGCUAGCUGGAGAGGGACCUUGGCUGACCAAAGGAAUAUGAGGGAGCCUCACAAGAAGGAGCAACAGGUGUAUGAUGACGGAACAAACACCUUCUUCUGGCAGGCCCACACUAUCAGUGCAGGGGUCCUCAUUGGUCUGGGACUCAUCUACGUGGCUCUGUUUGAGCAACCCCACAAUGACACAAUGUUCAACAUCCAACGAGGAGUGGUGGCCGUGGUGGUUGUGUUCAUUCUCAUCGGGAUGAUCCACAUGCCCAAUGGUCCGUUUGUGAGGCCACACCCUGCCCUGUGGAGACUGGUCCUGUGUGUACUCAUCCUCUAUGUACUACUGCUCAUCUUCAUGUUGUUCCAGACCACUGACGACGCAAGACAAUUCCUACGAAUUAUUGACCCUAGUCUUGGCCGCCCCCUCGGUGAGAAGAACUAUGCCACGGACUGUCGUGUCUACACUCCUGAUCACCCCGACGGCCCCUUUGCCAUCGUCAUGGAGAAGAUGGAUGUGUUUGUUCCCUGUCAUUUUCUUGGCUGGUGGAUAAAAACACUAAUCAUCAGGGACUGGUUCUUGCUCACGGUGCUCAGUAUAGGCUUUGAGCUGCUUGAGUACACUCUCGAGGUGCACCUGCCCAACUUUGGGGAGUGCUGGUGGGACCACUGGGUACUAGAUGCUCUAGUGUGCAACUCCCUGGGUAUCCUCUGUGGCAUGCUCACCUGUGAAUAUCUAGAGAUGAAGACCUACCACUGGAGGGGACUCUGGAAGAUACCAACUCUCAAGGGUAAGAUGAAGAGGCUGGUUGGUCAGUUCACACCCUACUCCUGGACCCACUACCGCUGGGGCUACACUGAAUCGUUGGGACAAUUCUGUGCCAUCUUUGCUCUUGCAGCUGUCUUUUUGAUUCAAGAAGUGAACCUGUUCUACAUCAAGGCUAUUCUGUGGUACCCUCCUAAUCAUAUGUUGAAUGCGUAUCGAGAACUUCUCUAUGCUCUGGCUGGAGCCUGUGCCUUCCGCGAGGUCUAUGACUAUCUGAGCAGCAAAGAUGAGAAUGCUCGCAUUGGCCGUUAUGUGUGGCUGACAUUUAUCGCCAUUUUCUGUGAGGACCUUCUGAUUGUCAAGAUGGGUUGGGAGAUAGUGACAAUUCCCCUCACUCAAACUGCUGUGGCUUUCUGGAGCUCUCUGGCUCUCAUAGUUCUGUCCUGGGUGUUCUGGAAGUUUACACUCCCUCUCAACAAUUGGCCUAUAGUGGGGCCGUACUGUCACAGGCUUAGUACAGCUAAACCAAAGUCACUUUAGAUCAUUAGGUUUUCUUUGUUCCAUUAUAUGCUGUAUUUUUUAAAUUCAUGAUCAGCAUUCACCAAGUUUUAUUGAAA